UCUUCUUCAAUUUAUGUGGUUCAGACCCAAGAUUACAACACCAUCCACUUGAAUUCUUUAAUAAUCCCCACUCACCCAUAAACCCUAAUGAGAUUCUGCCCAAAUGAAUUCUCUACAAGCAAUUCUCAUCUCUAAACCCCCAAUACCCCCUCACACAAAACCCCUCUCAACACCCUUUCGAUUACACCCACAUCGCCCCUUCAAUUUCAACCCUCUUUCUUCAUCAAAACCCACCAAAAAGCAACCAUUUUUCUGCACAUUGCAUCAAGAAAACACCAAUUCAACCUCGGGUUUAUCGAGUAAUGAUGUUGGGGACUCUCUGCCGGAGUUGGAGCAAGAGUCAACGGAGAAAGUCAACGGUGAGGAUGGGAAGGGUAAAUUGGUAAAUUCGCCGGUUGUGGUGUUUUUGACGGGGUUGUUUGUGAGGAUGAAAAGUGGGUUUGAGAGGAUGUUGUUGUCUGAGUGGUUUAGCUGGUGGCCUUUGUGGAAAGAGAAGAAGUUGGAAAUGUUGGUUAAAGAAGCUGAUGCUGAUCCUAAAGAUGCAGCCAAGCAGACUGCUUUGUUGGUUGAGCUUAAUAAACACAGUAGUCCGGAGUCUGUCAUCAAACGAUUUGAGCAACGGGAAUAUGCAGUAGAUAGUAAAGGUGUUGUGGAAUACAUUAGAGCUCUUGUUGCCACCGAUGCGAUUUCUGAAUAUCUUGGUGAUGACCAAUCUGGAAAGCCUUCCACUCUUUCUGCACUGUUGCAAGAAUUGAAGGAACGCUCAUCGGGAAACUUGGAUGAAACCUUUCUAAGCCCUGGUAUAUCUGAGAGGCAGCCAUUGCAUGUAAUGAUGGUUGACCAAAAAGCAUCAAGUCGAUCAUCACAUUUUGCACAAGAGCUAAUCUUAACAAUCUUAUUCACUGUUGCUGUUGGUUUAUUAUGGGUAAUGGGUGCUGCUGCACUUCAACGGUAUAUCGCUGGGUUAGGUGGGAUGGGGACUCCAGGUGUUGGUUCAAGUUCUUCAUAUUCCUCUAAAGAUUUGACCAAAGAAAUCAUGCCCGAAAAGAAUGUAAAGACAUUUAAGGAUGUUAAAGGUUGUGAUGAUGCUAAGCAAGAGCUCGAGGAAGUGGUAGAAUACCUAAAAAAUCCAGGAAAAUUUACUCGCCUUGGUGGAAAGUUACCAAAGGGGAUACUUUUAACCGGGGCACCUGGGACAGGCAAAACUCUACUUGCCAAGGCUAUUGCUGGAGAAGCUGGGGUUCCUUUUUUCUACAGAGCAGGUUCCGAGUUUGAAGAAAUGUUUGUUGGUGUUGGUGCUCGAAGAGUGAGAUCCUUAUUCCAAGCAGCAAAGAAGAAGGCUCCAUGCAUAAUUUUUAUUGAUGAAAUCGAUGCCGUUGGCUCGACAAGAAAGCAAUGGGAAGGUCAUACAAAGAAAACUUUGCAUCAACUGCUUGUGGAAAUGGAUGGUUUUGAGCAAAAUGAGGGAAUAAUUUUGAUGGCUGCAACAAACUUACCUGAUAUACUCGAUCCAGCUUUAACGAGACCUGGUAGAUUCGACAGGCAUAUUGUUGUUACAAAUCCAGAUGUAAAGGGUCGCCAAGAGAUUCUCGAUCUGUAUUUGCAUGACAAACCGCUUGCUGAAGAUGUUGAUGUGUCUGCCGUUGCACGUGGUACACCAGGGUUCAACGGGGCAGACUUGGCGAAUCUGGUGAACGUUGCAGCCAUUAAAGCUGCUGUUGAAGGUUCCGAUAAGUUAAACGCAGCACAGUUGGAAUUUGCAAAGGACAGAAUAAUCAUGGGUACAGAGCGGAAAACUAUGUUUUUAUCUGAAGAUUCAAAAAAGCUGACUGCAUAUCACGAGAGCGGUCACGCAAUAGUUGCAUUGAAUACAGAUGGCGCACAUCCGAUACAUAAGGCCACAAUUAUGCCACGCGGAUCUGCUUUGGGAAUGGUUACACAGUUACCUUCAAACGACGAGACAUCCGUAAGCAAGAAACAGUUACUUGCACGCCUUGAUGUUUGUAUGGGAGGACGAGUUGCUGAAGAGAUCAUAUUUGGUUCCGAUUAUAUUACUACCGGUGCUAGUAGUGAUCUUCAAUCGGCUACAGAAAUUGCCCAAUAUAUGGUGUCGUCUUAUGGUAUGAGUGAUGCGAUUGGACCGGUUUAUUUGAAAGAGCGGCCCGGUUCAGAGAUGCAAGCGCGUAUUGAUGCUGAAGUGGUUAAACUUCUUAAAGAUGCUUACGCCCGUGUGAAAUCUUUGCUAAAGAAGCAUGAGAAAUCAUUGCAUGCUUUGGCGAACGCGUUGCUGGAACACGAGACGUUAAAUGCUGAAGAAAUUAAGCGCGUUCUUGGUCCUUAUUAUCCCGAACGAAAAUUGGUCUUACCUGAUCAAGAAGUGUUACAAGAGCAAGAGGAAGGAGAACUUGUAUUAGCAUAAAGAAGAUUUUCGGAGCAGGCCCAGUGUACUCAUAAGGCUGGUCUUUGUUAGAAUAGAUUUUUCUACUUUUUUUUCUUGUUUUUUAUUAUUAGUUUUAUGAAUAUGAAUAUUAGCACUAGAAGUAUAGAAACAAUUGAUUUAUAAUUGAAAUGAUGAUUAUGGAUACCACCCAAUUCAUUAUGUUCAAUAGUUGUUUCUUUCAA